AUAAAACAGUCAACCCUCAAGAUUAAACCUUUUUUUAAACACUUCCCCCAUAAGCUUAAACGCCUGCUCUGAGAGUAAAAAGCAAUCCACCCACCACCGCCGUUGAUUAUGGGGUUCACCGCCUGGGUCCCAUCUCCUUCUCCGUCGUCUCCUUCAAAGCUUCCGAUUGACUUCAGUCCACCGUUGAUCGCCAUGGUGGUGGUUGUCGCCGCAGCAUUUCUGAUCGUUACGUAUUCGCGUCUGAUCUCAAAACGGCUCGUACCUCUAAUUAUCCGUCUACUCAACUUCUUCAGUCGUCGUCGUCGUCGUCGGCGACGUUACUUACCAUCCACGACAACCGACCUCGACUCUCUUCCACCGUCUGAUCCGUUCGACCUCCCUCUUUACCCUUACGGCCUCGACGACUCUGCCAUCAAAACGCUGCCGCUUGCACUCUACACCUUGAAAACCAGACCAAACAAUAGCCCCAAAGACUGCGCCGUGUGUCUGUUGGAGUUGGAAGACAACGAAUAUGUCCGAACACUCCCCGUUUGCUCGCAUGCCUUCCACGUAGAUUGCAUUGACGUUUGGUUGAAAUCACACGCUAAUUGCCCACUCUGUAGAGCUGGAAUCUUCGCUACGGAAUCUGCUUUCACUCCGUUAAUGGCGGCCAGAAUCCGCCCGAGCCUCGACGACGCCGUUUUCGUCACCAACACUCUCGAUUCCCUGACGGAAACUCCUCUCCAAUCUUUUCCGAACAACACCGUGACGGAAAUAACGGAAGAGCCUUCGCCGAGAAGAACGAACGUCGGGAACAGUAAUCGCGAGGAAAGGUUUAAUUUUGUGUUGAAAAGGUCGUAUUCAUUCGGUUUCGAGAGGAGUUUAGCGGCGGAGAGGAUGAUGAUAACGGAGCCCAACACAGCUUCGCCUUGGAGGUACAGGAGAGGGCUUUGGAGCAAAAGGGCAUCUCCGUUUGGUUCGUUAAUGAUGAAACCCAGGGUCUUCUCUUUUAGAUAUUACAGAGGAAUGAAAGCUUCACCCUUUUUUCGUCGGAGAGGCUUCUUUCCAAUGUCGGAAUCCAGUGUCAGGUUCUCCGGCGGCGGCGGGGGCUCGUCGAGAAGAAGUAAAUCAAUGGCUAGUCCCAUGUUUUUAAGAUCAGCCGCUUCAAGCGUGGCGGCUUUCUCGUCGAGCCGGCUCCGCUGCGGCGACCCAGAAGCGCUGCUGUCACCGGAGAGGUUCAACAGAAGAUAAAAAAGAAAAAAGAAAAGAACCCAGAGAACACGUGGACGGCUGGAUGGAGAGGAGGAGAGAGUGGAAAAUUUGGGGGGGGGGCAUUAAUGAAAGGUGGGGAGGGGACAAUUAAUGAGGAAAUUGACGAGACACGAAUUUCUGAGCUUGAGGAUCGAAGAAGAAGAAGGAGGAGGCUGAGGAGAAGAAGAAAAAGAAGGUAAAAGGAGUGGCCAUUAAAUGCAGACCGAACCAAAGGGUUCUUAUAGUGCAUUGGGUUGGGUUUUGGGCACUCCCCACCGACAACAUCGUAAUAGGGAAUUCAUUUUGCUUCUCAUUUUCUAUCUGCUUGUGUGAAUUUAUUCACAGACAUUAAAUUUUGGGCAUCACACUCUCACCCGUCUUUCUUUCUAU